UGUCAUAGCCAUAGCGAAAAGUGUGACGUGAAUCGUUGAUGUGCUGUUCAAAAAUGUGUGUUUUUAAUAUGUAACUCUUAUAUUUAUUUAUUAAUGUUUAGUCUGUUUCAUACUUUUACCGCGUGAAAGAAAUGUUUUACAUUUGUAACAAAUUAGAAAUUUUAUUUUUAUGACCACUAUUUGAUACAGUGUUAUGAAGAAAAUGAAGAUUUUAUGUUCAUAUAUAACAUUUGAUGUGCAGUUAUGAAAAAUAAAAAGAAAACAGGUCAAUUAACAUUUGAUUCUGGUGAUAUAAAUGAAGCUGAACAGGAGAAAGAAAAUAUAUUUUCUAAAUUUGAAAAAUCCACCCCUCAAACGUUCUAUAACUGCUUUAUCAGAUGUAAUACUGGACCAGCCCUUGAAUGAAAAGAGAAUAAAUAUUCAAGAUAUUUUAAAAUUGAAAAAGAAAAUGAAUUCUUGUGAAAACUCAGACAUUAUUGUCCUGCCAUUUGAGGAACUGAAUGAUGAAAAUAGUAAUAAACUUGAAACUGAUGCCUCAUGUCCAAAAUCUGUUUUUGGUUCAUCUAGUAAACGUUGCUAUGAAACUUCUGAUGAUGAAGAUAUUGAUUUUCAGAAAUGUAAAAAAUGGAUCAAAUUAAAUCAUUUGAAAGAUGCUGAUAAAAAGGAAACAACCCCUUUUCUGUGCGAAAUUUGCAAAAGCAAUUUGGAAGAUUUAAAUUUUGAAGAACGUUCAAUUCACGUGAAUCGAUGUAUUGAUGAGCAGUCAGAAUCUGGAUUUUCAACUGUUACAGAAUCAUCAUCAUCAGAUACAGUUUUUAUAUUAGAGUGUCCUUUAUGCUUCAAAAAUUUUUCAACUCCUGAAUUACGUUCAACUCAUGUAAAGAAAUGUGGAAAAUCUCGUGGGCUUACUGUUCAAAGUGUGGUGAAAGCUCUGCAACUACAAGAAAAGCACGCUUUGGAAAGAAAGAUGCUGGGCCUUCCUUUGAAGCCCAUGAAGCAAGCAAAACAGCAGAAGAAACCUGUUAUCAAAAGGCUCAUAGAACCUAAAAAUGAACAACAAUCUGACAUACAGUUAGCUAAGGCAUUAUCUUUGUCAUUGGACGAAGAAAACAAAAAGCAGCAUAAACCUUGCAAAGAGGAUAUUAUUCCAUUAACAGCUGUAUUAAAAGCACCUGAUGAUUCUCAAAAUCCUGGGAGAAAGGCAAACAAAUGCAAUCGAAUUGUAAAAGAGACUCCUAUAUUACUGCUUAGAACUGAAGAGGAAAGAAGAAAAAUUUUGGAAGAAAAAGUUGAUGCUAUUGUCAAUCCUUUGAAUAUGAUUGAAAGUAACAUUACUAAAGAGGGAAAUACUGAAAGCUCUUCAAAAAGUCUUUCUAAUCAGAUGCAGGUCCCUCUGUUGUGGAAUUUGAGUAGUAAAAAUGAGGAGAAGACUAUGUAUUAUGUGGAACAGCUGUUUGAUUGGAUAACCCCAUCAAAUACUGAGACUGGCUGCAAACUGUUCAAUCUUUCUCAGAUACCAGGUUAUCACAUCAUUACCCAAGUACCACGUGAUUAUAGUUUUAGCAACAGUAAUACAGAUGCUGUAUUACCAGAAUAUAAUCAAACAUUGGAUUCAAAUAAUUCUGUUAUUGAUUGUUUUCAAUCACUUGUUGCAAGCUCUUAUAUGAGUGAUGUUGAAAUACAUACAGCCAGUGGAAUAGUUAUCCCUGCCCAUAAAUUAUUUUUAUCUGCAAGAUGCCCAUCUUUGAAAAAACUUCUAGAUACAACAAGCCAUGAAAAAUAUGUAUUAGACUGGAAAGACAUAUCAUUUGAUGGUGCACUGCAAUUUCUCAAUUUUAUAUAUACUGGAAAUGCUGAAUGGAAAGAUGAUUUAAUUCCUGAGCUAACCAGUUUGGCAAAUAAGUAUUCAGUGCAUGAUUUGCUAAGACAAAUUAAUAACAAUUGUGGAUCUUUAAAAACUGUUGCAGAAGUAGGGGUACAUCCAUCUUCUAGAAUAGCAAAUGUGGAUGUGGAGAUUAAUGCAAGUGGUAUGCAUUCUGCAAAAGAACAAUAUAGGUCAGAUCCAGUUGAAAAUAAUUACUCACCACUGGCUACAAAGCUCAAUAUUAGAAAUGAAAAUAACUUCCCGUAUUUAGAAAAGGUAUUUAAGGAAGACAGAAACCUCUCUGGUUGUGAGGUUGAAAUUGACAAAUUUAGUCAAGUAAGCAACAUAAAUUUAGAAAUUGUGAAUAAUUUCAUCGAUUCAAGCCUUCAACCUGAGAGUCCUGCUAAAAGUGAAUUAAAUAUGUGUGAGGCCUCACAAAACGAUAUAUCAGAAACAGGUGGCAUCAUCAAUCAGGUUUCUGAAUUUAGAAAUAUAAAGGAAAUAAGUGAAAAUACUGCUAUCUGUAGCACCACUUUUAGCCCUAACCAUUCCUGUAGCAAAAAACUCGGUGAAAUUGAUAAUAUUUUACUCAAAUCAGUAAAAGAGCAAUCUGUAAUGAGCUUUAAUAGUACAUCUGGUGUUGACAAUUUAUCUAGUGAUUGUGAUGAAGAUAUUGCAAUAGUUGGAGAAUUUUCUCAGAAAAGUAGUUCACAGAUUUCUAAUGUAGACAUAUGUGAAAGAAAUAUUAUGCAUGAUUCCUGUUCUGCAUUAUGUGUCCAAAGUAAUAGUCAAAGUGUUAAUAAAACUCUUACGCAAGAUACAUUCCCAACUCAAAUAGAAGAACAUUCUCCCGAUGUUUCUGAUUAUCAAAAUAAUGUUCAAAGUCAAACUGUAACAGUGCAGUCAAGUUUAUUAGUGAGUGAUUUAUGUAAAAGCAUGCUUGAAUGCACUAGGGCAUUAUCACCUAAUUUAGAAAUUUCCAUUAUAAAAGAUAUGCAUAAAUCAUUUGAUCAAUUUAGGGAUCUGCAACAACAGUCUCAUGAUAAUAAAAAUGGUGGUAUUAUAACAGCAUCUUCAGCUGUAGAUUGUUUUUUUACUUUAAAGGCAAAUGUUUCAAAUUUUCCUGUUGAUAAAAGUGUUUUCAGAAGUCCUAACAAAUUCUCGUCUUCUAGUAAGAGCAAGGGAGAUAUUUCAUCACCUGAAAUUCUAAUAUCUGACUCUGAUGAAGAAUUACCUGCUGUUCUUCUUUCUGAUUCCAAUGAAGACAUACCAGGCUUGUUGGAUUCAACAAAAAUUAUUGAGAACAAAUCUAUGUCAGAUGCAGAUCAAGUUGUUGUAGACAGCAUACCAUACAGGGACAGCAGUACUCAUAAUUUCUCACACAUACCUGACAGUUCAAAUAUGAUAGAACUAAGGAAUGACUUAUCUCCAGAUAUCUUAAUUUGCUCUUCAGAUGAAGAUGGAUCUUCUGAUGAAGUGAAAGGAACGGUUCCAUUUACAGAAACUGCAUCUUGUAAAUCUGAUAAAACUGAUCAGCAGUUUAUAAGAAGUCAAGUUUGUUUUGGUGUAGAUAAUGAUGAACUGAAUAGAAAACCACAAAUUUGUCUUGAUGUUGGUAGUAAUGAACUAGUUGAAAGAAAUCAGGAUAAUGAUGAGUUCAGCAAAAAAAGGGGAAAUGUUGUUCUCUUAAAUAAUGUUAAAUUAAAUGAAACAAAUUGGAUUUAUUUUGACUCGAAUGAAACAUGUGAAAAAGGUCAAAUUUGUGUUGAUUCUGAAGAUCAUGAGCUAAAUGAAGGAAAUUCAAUCUGCUGCAGUCCUGGUAAGAAAAAGGAAAAAGAGCUUCCAAGUGAUCUUGAAUCAUCCAGUGAUGACUCAUUUUUGUCUUUGACUCAGAGAAUCUGUGCACUGACCAAAGAAGCUUCCUUCCAAGAUUUUCAGGCUCCAAGUAAACAAAAUAAAGUAUCUGAAACAGAUACUCAUAUUUCAAAUUUAAAAUCUAGGAAAUCAUCAACUGUAAAAAAAUUAUCUGAAAAAACAACACAGCAAAAGAUGUGUAAUGAAAUCUCACAUUCUGAAAAGAAAGAAAAUUGUUAUAAUGAUGAAAUGAAUAAGAAAACAGCAAAUUUGUCUCAAUGUUGGUAGCAAUGAGCUAGUUGAAAGGAAUGAAACUGAUGAUGAGUUCAAUGAAAAAAAUGAAAAUUCCUUUGUCUUAAAUGAUUUUAAAUUAAAUGAAAGAAAUUGGAUGUGUUUUGACUCAAAUGAAACAGAUGAGAAAGUUCAAAUUUGUGUUGAAUCCAAGAAUCAUGAAUGGAAUGAAGAAAAUUCAUGUUACAGUUCUAAUAAGGAGAUGGAAAAAAAACUUCCAAGUU